AUGGCAGAAGAGCCGAGCACGGAGGCUAUGGAGCAGACGGGGAGGCAGGAAGACGUGGGAGAAAAACCCCCUUCCCCUCUUCCGUCUGCAUCGCCGCCGCGGAAGAAGCGGGAUAACACAUCCAGAGCUGCCGCAGUUUCCGCCGCGACCGAUCCCACGGCUGUCUCUUCCCCCGUGUCCGCGAAAGGGGCUGCGGCCAAAACCUCUGCUCUGGAAACCCUAGCCAUCCCCAUUCCUGUCACGACGAAUUCGGGUUUCCUGUCUAACGGUAGUCACGGUGUCGUGGAUUGCCGUUCCUUCUCGCAGCUCCUGGCGGGGGCCAUGGCGUCGCCUGUAGGGAAUUCGCGCUCCACGCCGAUUCUCGCUUUGCCGGUCGAUGCUGUGAGGCUUCCCGUGGUCGCCGUGCCGUGCAUUAUUGCUCCCGCAGCGUUGCUCGAGUCCCCUGGGUUCGCGGUUGGUGCUUGCUACCUUCCCUUUACCUAUUAUUUUAUGAUGUUGCUAUUCAUGAAUGCUUUAUCAUGGAAAUGUAGUAUUUUUUCGAGCUUCGUCAGCGACGCAUUUAAAUUUUGUCGUUGGCGGAUUCCUUCGUGUAAAUGAGGUUACGUGCACUUGCUCUGUGAAAUAUGCCUGGAAAUUUCUUGUCCUCAUUUCUUAGAUUAUUCUAAACUGCUCUGGUUUUUCCUCUGGGUUGUUUUGGCCGUGAAUCAGACUCUAAAGCUGACCUUCGUUACGUGACUACGUUUGUGUUUUUCCUGUCUUUUGUUUUAAUUUUAGCUUCCUAGGCCUGUUCUAUCACCGGAUUAUGAGACAAGAACAUUUGUAAACCUUUUGCACGGUGCAGACUGUUGCCAUUGAUAUCACUUCACGAGGAACUCAGAAUUUUGAUCCAUUUUUUUUGGAUCUUUCGUUCCUUGAGGAUUAUCUGCACUAGAUUCCUCCUGUGUGGAUGGGAAACUCCGCUCCACGGCUCUCUUUGUGAUUCAAAAGUUCGGAAGGAUUUCUCCGUUGGAUCCCAUAACAGAUAUAGUCAUCAAUAAUUGUCAUCGUUUAUGAAGAGGAAACUUUAUUUUCCUCCUAGAAAUGAACUCGAAUACCUUGCAUUAAGCAGUAUAUGGAGAAUUUUAUGUCCUGCUUCAAAGUGGCUACGCACGAAAGUUGGCCUAAAAAACCGGAAACACCUGACUUCCAAGUUCUAUUCUAUGUUUCUGGGUGGAUAUUUUCAUGUGUUUUUUCGUAAUGGGCUUUGUUCUUGCUGACACAUCCCCACGUAGUAUUUUAUCAUGAGUUGAGGUCUGUUUUGUGGUAUUCUUCCAACUUUUAGCCCAGCCUGCAUGACUGCAUGUUUCUCAAACGAUCUUAAAGGUUGAUUACUUUGGAUAAUACCCAAACAUAAGCAUAUAAUUAAAUAUAGUCCACUGUUAUUUGACACUAAUAUCUUAGUUUACAUUUUGAGCUCGUUCAGCCAUGUAUCUGUAGGCAAUAUAUGACUUUCAGAAUGAGAGCACCAAGUCAUUUUCUGGUUGACUUCUACAUUACUGCAUGCCUCUGUUAUAGUUGAUGAACAUAUUUAUCUUCCAGGGUCAGUUUGCAAUGACACAUCAGGCAGUAUUGGCAACUGUCACAGCUCACGCACAGAUGCAGCUACAGACUGGUUACACGUCACCGUCCGUGAUAUCCACGAUUAGUCCUCUCCCUUUACAGCAGGUGCCACCUUCAGCAUCUGAACACGAUGGCGUUUCAUCAGUGGUUGAGCAGCCGCCUUCCGCCGAUCAGAAACUGCAGACUGAUCGGGUUGCUUUGAAUACAACGUCAGGUGAUGGGUUUAACUGGAGAAAGUAUGGCCAGAAACAAGUAAAAAGUGGAGAAAAUUCUCGAAGUUACUAUAAAUGUACGCAUAGCAACUGUUUCGCGAAGAAGAAGGUUGAACGGUGUCAAGAUGGCCAUGUGGUAGAAAUAGUUUACAGAGGUGGACACAAUCAUGACCCACCUCAGAAGAGUAAAUCCCCCAAAGAGAGAGGGCCUCCGUCUAGUGGUCACUCUGGAGAUAAUGAAACGUUAACGCCUGCAAUUUCUGAUGCGAAUGGAUCAAUACAUCUUGCUUCUAAAGUGUCCAGUAGACGUUCAUCCAAUAGCAAUCCAGCACAGAAAACCAAGCAUUCGAAGGAGAGAAGGCCUCAAUCCAUUGGGUCUUCUGGUGAUAAUGAGACCAUUACUCUUGCAAGUGGGGAUAUAAAUGGAUCAGAACCUUCACCAUCUAAGUUGGAGGAAAAUUCGGGAAGUGACACAUCUGAUCGUCAGUUGGCCCACCCAAGUGACCGUGAUGGUGAUGCUGACAUUAAAAAUGAAGAAGGCCCUGGUGAUGAACCGAGUCCCAAGCGAAGGCUAGUAUACAGCGUUUUUCCUUCAUUGGUCUUCAAAAUUUUGUAUCCUUUGAUUUCUCGGAUGAUAUUUUUUAUUUUACUUUUUUCAGCAAGACUACGGAAAGCCCAUUGCCUAGUGCAACCCCUCCUUCCAAGACAGUCAAGGAGCAAAGAGUUGUUGUACAGAAAGUUUCAGACGGAGGUAUUGUGAGCGAUGGCUACAGAUGGCGCAAGUAUGGGCAAAAAUUUGUGAAAGGAAAUCCUAAUCCAAGGUAUGUACCUUGCCCAUGGGGUUUCACCAUGGAAAUAUAAUUGUCUUAUACCGAAGUUAGUUUUCACCUGAUAGAUGACCAAUCCCAAUAAACAGACUGUUCAUUGUUUCCCAGUCUGGAACAUAUCAUGCUUCUCAGAGUGUGUUUUCAACAUCCUGCUGUGUUUCUAUGAUUUUUCUUACAUGUUAUAUCGGGGGUCAAUGCUAUCUGGCAUUAUACUAAUCUGAAGUACAUGUUAUAUCUGAAGUCUCCGAUCUGUGAAACUGUCGUUUGCGUGGUCCUUGACUCUGCCAUUUGCAAUUGAUGGAAAUUCUGUAUGUUUUGGCCCAUAGCUGAGCCCAGAACUUCUUCACGUGUCAGAAUGUUAACAAAAGGACGAUCUUUGAUUAGACGGGAAUUGGGCAGUCGUUCUUGGAAGUCCUCAUUCACUUAUGGAAGAUGAGAUACUAAGCUCAGAUUUAAUGACUUUAUUGAGAGGGUAAUUUUUCUGCUUGUAGUUUAAAAUCUCCUCAUCAGUUUUAUGUCGCUAUGGGGCAAUUUGAAUCAGCUCAAGUGGACCUCUAAUGUGUGACCUGUGAUAUGUGAUAACUUAUACCGAGUUACACUUGAACAUCUUUUAGUCAUUUGGUCUGUAUCAGUGAAUGUGCCAUGAUAGAAGCCUUUUGUUCGAAAAUGUUCAAGGAAUGGCAACAAAGUACGCAUGAUUCUGAUGAUACGCUAUCAGCAGAAGCUCGCACCACAUCAAAUAGCAUGGAAGGCGAAUUUCAUUUCAGAGAGGCUGAGAGCAGAUCCGACUUGUAUGAGUUGGUCUAAAUGGAAAUAAUCUUGGUUUAGCACAUAAAUGGCUUUCUGGAGGAUAGAAAACACUGUCUAAGCUGUAUUUUCAUAUGGUUAUGCAGCCCCUAUACAACAAUACUAUUAGUAUUCACGAUGUGGUAUGUGUUAUUGAUACAUAAUUACUCAAGGUGAUCACUUGACAGAUCGUUGAUACGGUAGAUUUGUUUUUGAAGGUGAUGGAAAAUACUUCGACUGAUGAAAUAGUGGAAUACAUAUUGGAAAUGGAGGAGAAGGAAUCAGUUGUCUCCAUCAUCAUCCAGGACCAAACUAGUCUACAGCAGUUUGCUGUAGCGUGAUAUCAGAAUGGUUAUCAUAAAAUAUACCACUUCUUAGUUUUCAUUUGAUUAUUAAGCGUUUCAUUCAGACUUAGCCGACCGGAUGACGUCGUGUUAUCCCCACUGGUGUCUUUGAUUUGCAUAGUGCAGUUCUUCUUUGGGCGAUCAAGUGGCUUAAAAUUUGUGCAUUUUUUAAUUUCUGUUACAUGGAGUCGGGGAAUUUGUUCUCUAGUAUGUCUCAUUGCAUUCUUUCUCGAAUUCAUAACUUCAUACCUCUGUGAAGAUGUGAUCCCUUACUCUGUUCGAAUCUCUAAAUGAUUGUAUUAUAUCUACCCAAGGUGAGACACCUUUUGGGAACUUGGUGAGUGAGUCUGAAUUCGGACUUGAGGAUACUACAUCUUCUUAGAAAUUCACAUUUUUCCUGUUUUAUCUGCUCAAAUCGUGGCCACGGUCAGCUUCUUUAUGCGACAUGAGGCGGAUGGGAUUGGAAGCAGCUGAUCGGAUCCUAUCCUCUAGCUUCCCAGAAGUAGAUGGCCAAAGGCCAACCCCUCCUGAGUCGCUGCUGACUACUGUUGAAUUGUAGCUGGCUGGAGCAGCUGGAAGAAGAAUCAACGAAAUAAAUCUGUCAUGUAGCUAUCUUCGCUGGCUUUGAAGUAAUAAUACCCCUUUCAAGAAAUAAUAUUUCUUUUAGUAUUUUUUAAAAAAAUUCAAGCCUUAUUCUGGCUCUUCCCACAGAUUAGCCAAUGAAGGCGAUCAGAUCCCUAGCGGGGUCUCCUAAUCCGAUCUUAUGCUCCAUAUCGUUGUCAAGUUGCCAUUGAAUGUCUCUUUCCUUACCUUCUCGUCCAUUACAGUUCUGAACCUCCCUGAAUCACCAUGUUCGUCUUCUCUCGUUUAGUUUUUAAAGCUUCAAUUCAUAUAAUCUGUCAUAUGUAAAGUUUUCACGAACAUCUGUCAGAAUGAUCCCCAGACGAUCAUUCUGUGGCAAAAUCCUCACAUUUCUGCGGCACUAUUCUGCUAUCUCCUUCCUCAUAAGAUAUGGGGGAACCUAUGUGAACGAACCCGGUUUAAGUGUGUCUGUGAUCUAGCCGAUGAUGCCACAUAUUCACUAGCAUAGCUCUUGCCUCAAAUAUCACAUGCAUGUUCCUCAGCUUCCCUUCAGCCACUCGUAAUCCUCCCACGCUCACUGGCUGUGUUCUUUACAGUUGUUUGUCCCAUUUCCAGCUGCUAGUUCAGAUAUCAACAGCUAGAGAUGUAGGCUGUCAUCCACCAUCUUCUUGAUCUUGGUGAUCUGAUAUCUUUAUACAAGAACAUGAUAAAAUAGCUUCCUGUCAUAUUCAUCCUUACUUCUUCCAUUCUUUGUACCCCUUGGGAUCGCUCCUAUGCCAAAAUUGACAGGUCAUGAAGGACAUUGACAGCACAUAGAAUCAUACAAGAUCUCUCUAUUAUCAUAAUUGUUUUUGAAUCAUUACUUCUCUCCUACUUUUUCCUUUUUCAUGUUUUCCUUAGGCAGUAUGAGAUGUUUUUCCCAUGUCAUCUCUGAAGUGUUGCAGUAAUAAAUUCAGUAAUAGAGAUGUGAACUUUCAUUAACUGUGUGUUAUUUCGGUAUGAAGAGUACUAAUGGAGAUGAAACGUAGUAUAUUCCUCGUAUAUUUACCUUGACACGCCCUAUAUUUUUCUAUUGACUAAUCUAUGUCGAAACUUAAAAUCUUCCGCAGAGAAUUCUGUUAAAUUCAUCAUGAUUGGGUUCUCAGACGUGAGACUAGUGCUGAUUGCGCUAAUAAGGGUCAAGGCCCUUACUAUUAAGUAUUGAACAGUGUAAUAAGACCAGACACAACGACAGUUGAGAGGGAUUGGAGAUAUUUUGCAUACUGUUGAUUUGUGGUUGACUUUUAUGGGAUUGAUGCGAUUAUUUUAUUUUAUUUUAAUCCACAUUUUCCAAUGAUCUACAUCUGCACAGUUAUAUUGUAGAUUAUCUGUGGGAGCUUCUGUUUUCUAAACCAGAAACAACGGUAUAUCCAAUUAUAGCCCCCCCUCUGGGAUGUAAAAUAUCUCUUCACGAGAUAUUUAAGCAUAUGCUCGUAAACAUUUGAUUGAAAGAUCAUUUAAUUAGGAUCAGGGCCUUGAAAACUGACCGAGAGGUGUUCUGUUCUUUCAUCAACUUCAGAAAGGCGGGCCAUGCCGAAGAAGAUCAUGGAUGCAUACACUUAGCUUCUAGGUAUUAAUCUCAUUGUAGUAUGGUAUGAUAUUGCUAACUAAACGUUUUAUAAUUCAUUUGUUGAAGAACUUGUCCUUUGGUUAGAAGACAAUAGCCACCCAUCAUAUCAUUUAAUGAAACUGAAGAUUAGAAGAUUAUGGGAUGUAUCUUAUACCAGUUACAUUGUUCUCAUCCCAUCGGGUAUAACAACUUUCUGCUAAAUCUCACUUUCUUCACUUUGCCAAAUCUUAUGCUCCUAACAAGAUUCAGAUGACAUCUAUCAUUUGGAUUGCUUCAUUUUUAUUAAUGCCGCGGCUUAUGCACAGUAUUUUCUCCUAAAUGUUUUUUUACCAAACGUUAAGGGAGGGUAGGAUUUUCCUCAUACAAUCUCUUUGUAUUUUUAUUAUCUCUCUCUUUCUGUCCUUUGGUGGUUGUAUGCCUCAGCAGAGGUGUGCUUCCCAAUUUUUCUUAUCCUCUCUCAUUCUAAAUAUGAUGCCAAAACGAUUAACGAUUUAUUCUCUCCCUUUUCAUCUGCUGUCAGUUGACUUCUUUUUUUGGAAGUGUUCUUCAACCGCCGCUAUUUCAUCCAUCGUCAAUAUCAUAAUAGCCUCCCCCUAGGCGUAGGUUGGAGUCUUGUGUGGGGGUUGACCGACAAGAGCCUCCUCCUCUUGCUUGUGCUCUGCCUCUUGGGGGCUCUCUGUGAUCUCUUUGACCUUCUUUUGGUUGACAAACAGAUAGUAGAUUCUAUAUGCAACAUUUUUUGCUGCUCGGGUUGACCCUUUAUGCUAUGGUUUCAUCAUGGUACAGCGGGUUGGGGUUGACUACUUCUCGCUCGUCAAUAAGUUAUCCUCUAUUCGAGCUUUGCUGCCAUCUGCCCUAAUGUUCCUUCCCCUUUGGUCUGUACAUCCAGGAGCUACUACAGAUGUACGCAGAUAGGCUGCCCUGUUCGGAAGCAUGUAGAGAAGGACUCCGUUGACCCGAAAGCGUUCAUAAUCACGUACGAAGGAGAGCACAACCACGACCGGCCGCCACCAAAACACGACGGCGACCCCCCGGUCCUGCUCAUCGCCGCUGCCGCCGCCGCCGCCGCCGCCGCCUCUGGGAGCGCCGGUGGGCAGCCACCGGCCAGUCCUCCGGCGGACGAGGGGCCCAAAGUCGAAUCCCGGCCAGACGUGGAUUCGAAGGCAUCGGAGCACGGCGCAGACCAGGCCCUGGAAUCAGCGCAAACCCUUCUGAGCAUGGGGCUCAAACCCGCCGCCGCUGCCGCCGCGGAAGAGGCGGCCGACGGGAAGGGCUCCGACGCCAUGCAACGGCCGCUGUUUGACAAGAAUCGCCCGCCGGUCCCCGUCCAGAAUUCCUGA